AUGGAGGCAGCGGCAGCCCUGAACGAGAGCGGAGCGGCGGCCCCGAGGCUGCCGGCCGGCGGCGGCAACGCCUCGCUGGAGCUCUCGUCUCGGGCCCCAGCGCCCGCCGCCCUCAACCCCUGGGACGUGAUGCUCUGCGUGUCCGGCACCGCCAUCGCCUGCGAGAACGCCCUGGUUGUUGCCAUCAUCUGCUACUCGCCCGCCCUGCGCACCCCCAUGUUCGUGCUGGUGGGCAGCCUGGCCACGGCUGACCUCCUGGCCGGCCUCGGCCUCAUCCUCAACUUCGUUUUCCAGUACGUGAUCCGCUCGGAGACGGUCAGCCUGCUGACGGUGGGCUUCCUCGUCGCCUCCUUCGCCGCCUCCGUGAGUAGCCUGCUGGCCAUCACGGUCGAUCGCUACCUCUCCCUCUACAAUGCCCUCACCUACUACUCGGAGAGGACGGUGCUCUGCAUUCACACCAUGCUGGCGGGUGCCUGGGGGGUCUCCCUCUGCCUGGGGCUGCUGCCCGUCCUGGGCUGGAACUGCCUCCACGACCGCACCUCCUGCAGCGUCGUCAGACCCUUGACCAAGAGUAACGUGACGCUGCUGUCUGCCUCUUUCUUUCUCAUUUUCCUCAUCAUGCUCCAUCUCUACGUCGAGAUCUGCAAGAUCGUCUGCAGGCAUGCCCACCAGAUAGCUCUCCAGCAGCACUUUCUGACUGCUUCGCACUAUGUCACCACCAAAAAAGGAGUCUCUACCCUGGCUAUCAUCCUUGGGACUUUCGGAGCCAGCUGGCUGCCUUUUGCCAUCUACUGUGUGGUGGGGGAUCCUGACUACCCGUCUGUGUACACGUACGCCACGCUCCUACCUGCUACCUACAACUCCAUGAUCAACCCCAUCAUUUAUGCCUACAGAAACCAGGAAAUCCAGAGGUCCAUGUGGGUGCUCUUCUGUGGCUGCUUUCAGGCUAAAGUGUCCUUUCGCUCACGGUCCCCCAGCGAUGUCUGA